AUGGACUUUUUGGGCAGACCGGAGGAGGACCCAACAUCGGCGCACGUCGCCCCUACGGACGGAGCUCAGACCUCAUCAGAAGCAGCCGGUGACACAACUGCAGGAGCGGCGGCAGCGGCGGCGGCGGCGGCCAGUACCCGCUUCUCUCAGCACAAAAUAAACCAGACUUUGACCAGUUUUGCGAUUGUUUUUGCCCUCAGCGAUGCAGCCCCACCCUGUGUGCUCUCCCACUACACCGAACUGGCUCGACGUGUAAGUCGCCUUUUUUGCUGCAUCACUUGCUAUGGCACACCCCCUCCGUAAGAUUCGAGCCGUUCCCUCUUCUCUUAUUUUGCGUGCAAUCCUAAUCAGUGUGCGUUGUGAACGAAGGGAUGUGGUGAUACGCCCAGAUGCAGGUCUGGCCGUGCCGGCUGCCUGCGCCCUCUCCCGCCUCCAGUUUUCUUGACUCUGUCUUGACACUGGGUACAGAGGGGGGAGGCGGAGGGAGUGUGGUGCAUGCUGCGCAAAUCUACAACCACUUUAAACUAAUUCACGCUCAGGUCACCACCCCUGCUGCAGAGCACAUGGUGAACAUAGUCGAAAUCAGCGGCCGAACCGUCAUUUCAGUAGUACAGUGGAGCCACUCAGUCUCUACGGAACCGAGGAAGCGAGGCCGGAAUGUCAACCUCUGACUUAUUCGCUGUCUUCAACUCGUUAGAGAAUGAAAUAGGGCAGGACAGUACGCAGAGCAGCUAUAAAUGGUAAUUCCAGUCUCUCAUGUCUUUGUCGACUGUAACUCGCGUUCAAGUCUCAGGUCUUUUCGACCAAAUGCGGUGCUAUGACUAGCUCAUGACGCCGAAUAAGUCGGAAAGGGCCAUUUCAGUCUCGCAUGCUUUUGAUUGUAGUAAAUUUCUUUUCAUAUUGACCCAACUGCGCCUCGAUGGGAUUAGAACCCACGCAGUAAGGGGAAGGCUUUAAUACAGCCAACGCUCUAACCACUUGAGCUACGCGGCCCCGCCGGACGACACGAGUUUAAUCACACUUGGGCAGUCAACUUACUGUAUCAGAUUUGGUGGAUUCCAGACGUUGCAGUAGUUUGGGCGGGUAACUUGACCCAAAUGUGAUUAAUCUCGUGUCGCCUUCUGCUUACUGCGUGGGUUCUAAUCCCACCGAGACGCCGAGUUUUUCACAGUUGGGUCAAUAUGAAUUAUUCAAAAUCUGCCAAAAUAUCUAUAAAUUUCUUUUAUCGUUUUUUGUCGUCACGCAGCUGACUGCAGGAUCUUUUGACGCGACAAAACUUUCGCGUUCCGUCCUGCAAGCAGGCAGGUCAGAUCCCCUAACACGGUUCUGAUCUGCGCAUGACUGUUUUUUUUUUUAUCAUGCCAUCGCUUUUUGAUAGAAAGCAAUGCACUUUAGGAGCAGAAGUAGUCAGGAGAAUGUGUCCAGCGACAGGUUUCCAUGUGUCACCAACUGCCUGUCAGGCCAGCCCUUUCACCCAAGUGGUCUGUGUCCAGGUCAAGCCCGGCUGAGAAAAAAGACCCCGGUGACUAACCGACGUAGCUGUGGAUAAGACGAAUAAAAUUUUGCAGAGCUAGACCGAUGAAGAUAGGCGAAAGAGAAAUAGCAGCUUUUUGCAAUUCACUCAUGUGACCUUAACCCAGUCCUGUCCGCAGGCUAAAACCGGUGACCGAUCAUUUACCGACACGCAUAUACAAGCAAUGUACAUGGUUCACCGACGAGAUCGAACCGAUGAGUUAACACCGUAAAACCAUGGCUUUCUCUUAGCGUAUCCCCACUCAUCAAUAAUUUUCUGGGUCGUUUCGAUAGUUGAAAGCACGAAUAGGCCAGAAACAGCUGCUGUCUCAGUCCACACUUUCUUUAUCCGUCUGUAACCUUGUUUACUUAGUUGAUUGGAAGCCUGGGGAGUGGUCGUCAUUUCACCAAUCAGAUUGACAUACCGCCGCGACAAUGCGAACUAGUCUAUCGCUAAGCAUAGUCGACCAAAACAUACAGCUGGCAGUAGAGGAAAGUGCGUUUUCUUAAUGCCUAGCAGAUGCUGCUGUGUACGGAACUGCCUGGAACCGUGUUCCAUAUCAAUCGGAGCCGCACCUGCAUACGCGCAGCCUUUUCUAAAUGAGAGAGUACGCGAAACUUUCGGUGAAUGUUUCAUGAGUUUUUACACAUACUACAUGGCCCCAGCGGGAGUGGGCUAACGUCCUGGAGCACAAAAGUCGAGUCUGCGUCUACCUCGAUGCCCAUUUUCUACCUGUUGUUAACAAUAAGUCCUGGCUGGAUAUGUGCCUGGCGGAACAUACGUACGAGUUUGGGUGCAGAUGGCAACCUGACCGCAACUUAUUUAUAGCUGUGGAUGCGCACUUAGCCACCUUUUCGCUGCAAACAGGCUUUACAAGCUAACCCCGCGAAUCUAAUAGUCGGGCCUUGAAUCCAGAUGGAGGAGUGGCAAAUUUACAUUGCGUGUGUGGUCAAGGUAGGGAAUGUACCCUGGCCGCUGCAGACAUGGCCAUGUCACGUUUAGCAGUAGGAAUGGUGACAAACCAGUAGGCAUAACCCAGAAGUAUCGUCUCCGCCAGUUUAUGCUAACAAAACCUAAAGCAUGUAAGAAUGCGUGCCCUCAUCAGUCUUGAGAAAUUUAUUGGUUAGCUCACUAGUUCAUGGAUGCGUGCGAUUGGUUGGCCAGCGCUGGCGCAUUUGCUCGGGGCCUGACCGAGCGAGUCUUGGAGCAUGUUGCUCCCCCCUUCCCCCUCGGAGGCGGAAGUUUGACGUAUAAGCAGGGACCUACGAGGAAGUGAAUAUAUUGUUUAACUAUCAUUUUGUAUGUCACUCGAGUAAUUAACCCCCUACCGCUUUUUUGUCCGCAGACGGGUGUGCAGCUGCGGCGAGCCGAACUCUUUUGGCAAUACCUCAGCGCCGAACGAGACCGUGUUGUCACCCUCCUGGACAGUCAAGCGGGAAUUGUCAGCUCGCCUGAGGAAGCAAGUGGCAACAACUCGGGGAUUGGCGGCGGCGGUGGCGGUGGGGGUGGUACUGGCGGCUCCAGUCUCAACGGUCCUGCUGGAAGUGUUGCUCUCACUGUGAAGGAAGAAGACCGUGGGGAGGGAGGUGCCAACGCCAGCGACUUCGAAUCAGCGGCCGACCUGCCUGAAAGCGAAAAGAGCCCUCCUAGCGGUGGCUGUGGUGGACCCGAGGCUCUUGCUGGGCAAGUCUUUGCCCUCGUCGCCAAGCGCUCACCCCUCUGCUCCGAACUGCAGCACAUCGUGGAGUCGGUGACUUCCGUUGGACGAGUGAACAUCGCGGUGGGUCCGCUUUCUGCGUCCCCAUCUACCAAUAUAUAUGUAUGUCAAAUGAGCGUUUGACCCUCACUGUUGUGGUUAGGAUCUCACUCGACCUCAUUCUGUCCGCCCGCCCGCCAGCUACUGGCGACAACGAACGUAGAAUGGGAUCGAGUGAGAUCCUAACCACAACAGUGAGGGUCAAACGCCCACUUCACAUGCUUAUAUAUCUCACUUCAUAAGGCCUAUGACGUACUGAUGAUCGAUAUCGACCGUGAAACAGCUGUCUGCGUCUGCCCUGUUGCACAUUUGGCGAUCUGUCCAUGUAGUAUAUAUAUAUAAGCUUCGUAUGGGUGGCAAAGGUCACGAACACGCAAUGAAUUACCAGGCCAAAGUCGGCCAAGUCAUAGUAGCUGCGAGGAGUUGUACGAGUACAACUCGACUUUUCCGACGAGCUUUCUAUCUUCAUAUAUAUACAUAUUUAUGAGAAGAUAAGGCGAUCACAGGAACCAUGGAUUUAUUUGCCUGACGUUUCGAAAGCAGACAAGCUUCCAUCAUCGGAGGUGGUUUGCUUACUGCACGUCACAGUAUUCAUGGGUUUUACUUCGUGCUGGCGUGUCAUUGACUUCCAGCGCGCUGCACCACACGGUAUGGCGAUGGUUGUCAUGGCGGCAUCGGUUCCUCCUCACCUUUUGUCGGGUGUGGGGAGGGGAGCGGCGCCGGGGUGACCGCGGCCAUUGCUCUUGUUUGCAUUGUUCGUUGUCCGCCCUCGACGCAUCUCGCCUUCCUGCCCCGUUCGCACCUGCCCGUAACCGCGUGGACGGUGGUUGUCAUGCCACUGUUGACGUCGGGCUGGGGGGUCCUGUCACUGUCGUGGGACCUCGUCUCGCUGUCCCAUUCCCACCUGCCCGUAACCGUGUUGACGGUGGUUGUCACGCCACUGUUGACGUCGGGCUGCGGGGUCCUGUCACUGUCGGGCGUUCUCAUCGAGUGCUUGCGUCUGUUUGCGUUCGGACCCGGAAGGCUAUCUCCUGGGUUUGCGUUCGCCGCCGGUUGUCCCCCGGUUUCGUCCGUUCCCGGUGCCUGUCUAUGCCCGUCCACGUUCCCGCUUGGUCCGGGUUUGAUUACUGCCGUCUCUGGCCUGACGACUCGUCGGUAGCCCUGCCGAUUGAACUUCACCCGUAGGGCUUGGUAGGCAGCCGGCAGAGUUACGCAUCGGUUGAUUGAGUUAGUUGUGGUGUGCCAGGCUUCGAGCGUCUCCCUGACCGUUUGAUCGCUCCCUUAGCCCAAGACUUCGGCGUCUUGGAAGGCGAAGGCGUGGCCAAAAGCUGCGCAAUGUUCUGCCACUAACGAGAGCUGAUCCAUUCUUCGUACCGCUCUUGCGUGCUCGUCCAUGCGGGUCUGCAAUCUCUUCCCGGUUUCUCCAACGUAGUUUGCCUCGCAGGAACUACACGGGAUCCGGUAGACGACGUUGGCAGUUUCGCCUCGUCGCAGAGGCGUUUUUGGUCUCAUGAUCGAACGUCUAAUUGUCGCUUCAGGUUUGUGGGCGAUGCCGAUACCCAAUGGUUGCAAGAUACGAGCAACUGCCUCGGAAACGUUCGCAAUAUAUGGCAGCGCUCGUCAGACUUUCGGCUGAUUUGCCGUUGACUUUACGGUUGGUCUGGACAGUCUGCUGCGUUCCAUAAAGCUGCGGGGGUAACCGUUGGAGGUGAACAUCCGCCGUAGAUAGUGGAGUUCGGCUACCUUGUCGGUCGGUUCGCUGCAGUGAGUGUCAACUCUCCUGUAGAGAGAUCGAACACAGUUUCGUUUGUGACACAGCGGGUGAUUGCUGUGGUAGGACAGGAUUUGGCGAGUGUUAGUGGCCUUCCUGUAGACCGUGGUCUUCAGGCUCCCGUUGACCUUGCGAUGGGCCAGAACGUCUAGAAACGCGAUCUCAUUGUUCUCUGUCUCCAUGGUGAAUUGAAUAUCGGGAAGAACAGAGUUCAGUAGCGCGUGGAAAUUCGAGACCAUUUCCCGUUUGAGAACGACGAAAGUGUCGUCCACAUACCGCGCCCAAAAUUUUGGCUUAUAUGUUGCGAACAACAACGUCUCCAACUUUUGAAGAACAACUUCAGCGAUGAAACCGGAUAGUGGUGAGCCCAUCGGCGUACCUUUGAUUUGUUCGUACACAGAAUGGUAUUACCGACAAAGACAAGGGAGACUGGAAUGACCAUUUCUGGCUUAUUAGCCGUCGUCAGCCAGCCAUACCCAAGCCCGAAGUGUGGAACACCCGAGCCUCGAACUAGCGACUUGUUGGUUUAGAAGUCCACGUCUCUACCCACCGGGCCACGAGCCCGUUGCCUUGUCGGUUUUCGAUCGGGAAUAUACAAUGGUGGGGGGCGCUCACCGAUCGUUCAUACGGAACUCACUCGUUCCGUUGUGCCUUAAGGGCUCUCACUCGAGCCCAACCAUCUUGGGCAUGGCUGGCUGAUGACGGCUAAUAAGCCAGAAAUGGCCAUUCCAGUCUCCCUUGUCUUUGUCGGUAGUAUCAUUCUGCCUAUAUAUCAUGCGCCGCUGCGCGGCUGCUGGUUGGGCUCGAGAGAGAGCCCUUAAUGCACAACGGAACGAGUGAGUUCCGUAUGAACGAUCGGUGAGCGCCCCCUACCACUGUAUAUUCCCGAUCGAAAACCGACAAGGCAACGGGCUCGUGGCCCGGUGAGUAGAGGCGUUGACUUCUAAACCAACAGGUCGCGAGUUCGAGGCUCGGGUGUUCCACACUUCGGGCUUGGGUAUGGUUGGCUGACGACGGCUAAUAAGCCAGAAAUGGCCAUUCCAGUCUCCCUUGUCUUUGUCGGUAAUGUUAUUCUGCCUAUAUAUAUAUAUAUCAGCAAGGAGGGACGACAGAGAAUGCGGUGUGCGCCCAUUCCUGAUUGAUAUAUAUAUAUAUAUACGUCUCUUUUUUGUAAAAUGGGUUUCGUGUUAAAUAAAAGGUGCGAAAUUUACGAACUGAAGCAUUAUCGCGCGUUUUAGGUGUUAUGUCAUUCUGUGGACGAUUUGUGUGAGAAAUGAAGUUAUUCCAGGAUUGUUCACUAACCUCAAACAAUUGGCUGUGCAUGUCGCAUGUGUGUGCAAGGGAGUUUUUCGCACCAAAAAUACUUGGGGUAGAUGAUCUUCACAAGAUAACCAAAGCAGCGCCUAGUGUUGGUUUCAGUUUUCGCAAUGCGAACUACGCUGAAUACUGACGGCUGCGGAUAAUAGAAGGGCUCGUCACGAGCUACGUCGUAACAGGCCCUGAAAACAGCCUCGACUAUUGGAUCACCGACAUCCUCGGUGAAUCAGAUGGUCAUACUUCCAUUUAGGUAUAAUAAGGGAUUGCUCUAACUGAUCGACAACGAUCGACUGCCACGGGACACGGUAUUUUCCUCCAUACCACGUAGAAAGCACCGGUUCACGUCCCAUAGGCGGACAAAAGAAUGAUAAACACGAAGGGUGUCGAUAGUUUGGGCUCUAUAGGAACUGCUAUCGUCCGUACGAAUAUAGGUAGUUAUGCAACUGUGUCACGGAGUUUUGUCGUCUGAAAACAACGGCCAAUCAUGGAACGUUUGACUACCAGUGUAUCUGGCAGCAGUGAAGUAGAUCAGCGUGUUUUUGGAUCUUCUUUCAAAAAUAGAUUUCCCGUCAAUCCAGUUGGCUUCAGCUGACGUCCACCUCCUAAAAUGCUCACUCGCAAAAUCGAUAAUUGGGAAAGUUUUUUCUACUCGGAAGAAGGUGUGCCGCUCAGAAUAAUGCGAAAAGGCUUGUCUUCUACGUACGCAGGAAGUCCUAGAAGAGACCGUUGAAAAGAUCAGUAUCUUACGUAAUGUAUUUUAGUUGAAAUUACCGUCCCUGUCGCUUUAUUGUGGCACCGUCAUACACGCACAGAAAGUUAGCUUCUCAUACUUCUACGAAACCUGCCUCUUUUUGUAUCAAUUACAUAUUGCCUGUCUUCAUGUGUGCGUGUGUGCGUUCAUCAGAUCAAAGGCCGCUAUCCCGUCUUCUUCUGCCUCCCGUACAAGGCGUACGCCAUCCUGCCAGUUGGGCAGCCCCACCUAAUGCCCAAUUGGCCAGCCGUCAGGCCGCGUGCCGUCUGGCAGGCCAUGGAGAAGAUGCGUCCCUACCAUACACUCCUUCUCACCACCCAGAGGGAGGAACUCUUGUCCUCAUUUCUACCGCCCGACGCGAACCGCUCUCUCGCGAGGUUAGAUAUGCCAGUUUCUUGUGCUUAUGCAACUUUGAUGGCCUUUCUAGGAUUGCCAUAGCACAUGAGCAUUCACGUACAGGAAGAUAUUACAGCCGUAAGCAAGUUUGUGUUACUUUCAGCCACCCCGAAAUGGUUGCACAACCUCCAACCCUAUUCUACCCUCAGAGACGUGCCAAUUUAUUAGAUGAAAAUCAUGUUUCAGCUUCGGAAAUACCGAUUCACUGGUAGUGGGACGCUCAUCGAUCGUGUUUACGGAACUCGCUCGUCCCGUUGUGCCUUAGGGCUCUCUCUCGACGUUGGGUAUGACUGGCCGACGAUGGCUAAUAAGCCAGAAAUGGCCAUCCCAGUCUCCCUUGCCUUUGUCGGUAAUGUCAUUCCGCGUAUAUCAUGCGGCACUGUGCGGCUCGAGAGUGCAUUCUAAGGCACAACGGGGUGAGUGAAUUCCAUAACACGAUCGGUGAGCGCUCCUCUCCCAUUGUAUAUUCUCGAUCGCAACCGACAGGACAACAAGCCCGUGGCUCAGUGGUUAGAGGCGUUGGACUUCUAACCAACAGGUCGCGGGAUCGAGCCCCAGGUUUCCACACUUCGGAGAUGGGUAUGAUUGGCUGACGACAGAUAUUAAGCCAGAAAUGGCCAUUCCAGUCUCCCUUGUCUUUGUCGGUAAGGUUACUCUGCCUAUACCAAUUCACGUUUGAGUAUACAUGAAUAACAGGAGCGCAGCCCAGAUCUUUUUUUGAUGGUAUCCACCCGUUAACGCACAAAAGAAGCUGUCGGGGUCUGUGUGUGUGCGAGCAUACCCACGCUCCCAGGCGGCGAAGAUGAGGAAGGCCCACCACCAGUGCGACCACUCCAGAAGAAACUCUAUCUGGGACACUCCACGACCAGUUGUCUGCAACCCUACUGGAACUUAGAAUAUGGUAGUCUCUAAUACAACUCUGUAUUACGUUGCAUCAGAGAUUCCUCCGAGGGCAAAAAGCAAGCAUCGGCGGCCUCAAGAUUGGUGCCACACAUCGACAUAUGCUGGCGAUGCACAGCUGAUUCAUGCGCCCAAAGGUUCAGCUAGACUCAACCUGGCAGUUUGAUGUUGUUUGUCGUAUUCUGUGCGCUGCCCACCGCUGUAAUCACAGAAGACAAGUUGAACAAAGCCUCGAGGCUACAUUGCUCAUGAAGAGACGAUCUUAGUUGUCGACUAUUUGCAGACCGGAAUGAAAUCAUAAUUUUAAUUUUGCGAUUCAAUAAUUUAACUAGGAAGAGCUUAUCGCCAUUGGGGGCCGCAGUCCUGAAUCAAUUAGGAGACUCCUCCAGCUCCCUCCCUCCCUCGGCAGCCAGACCCUACGCCACCAGCCUAAAUUAAUAAAACCGACCACGGGAUUGGAAACUAUCACUGACGCGGACGCAGCCUGUCGUAGGAACGCGAGGCUGCCACCAAAAUAAUCCAACAUUUCCUAAACGAUUAAAUUUUUUCUGAACACUUCAAGCCGAGCUAAGAUCGCAUCCGCUUACCAGUUUUCUUCGCUUGUUUAGUUAUGUCUCUCACGUCCGGUCGACCUGUAACAGCUAUUGAUCUUACUGCAGCUUCAUCAAAGAGCUGUCACCAACGGUCGGGCUAAAUGAUCUCUCCGUCGGGAUGCACUCACAAGGUCACUGUCUGCGCCUGGCCCUCUGGUUGGUGUACAAUGGUCACGCGAUAAUAGCCUACCCUGUUGCUGGAAAUAACUCCUACACCCUUGCACCCCUCUCCCAUCUCUGGUUACAGCCCCAGCUUCUGCUGGAAUUCGCGGAACGUUUCCCGCACUUGAAUCUAGCACAGGUAAGGCUCCCCUGUGGCGAAAUACAAUUGUUUAUUCUAACAUUUGUAUCUACUUGUUCAUAAAUAAGUAGGCGAGAAUAAACAGAAUAGUUCCUAACCGUAGUGAUGUCCGCUGCUGUGAGCAGGAAAUUACUCCUCAUCAUGCUAUUGACCCUGGGGAAGUCCAGCUGGAAUGCAGGGCAAAAGGUUCCACUAUCGUUCAAAAAUCUGGUUAAGAAGCAUCUCAUCGGAUUGUGACUGUGUGGAGGGCUUGAUGGAGGAGUUGUUUUCACAAUUCACGGAUUCGAACGGGAGUCUCCAUGAACCCUUCCAACACAGAAGUUUAGUUCUAGGGCUGUGCCGGGCGACGAAAAAUGAAUCCACCUUGGCUAUUGUACAACAUUGGCCAUGUUGUAGUGCUGUUAUGACUGUUUAUCUGAUUAUGUGCCUGAUUUCUCUCAUCAGUGCUCACCCACGCUUGAAGGUAUUAUUUUUGCGUGGUCCGUAACAUCCUACUCUUCAGAGCCAAAUGGCGGCCUAUUUCACAACUAAUCUUUGCUGAAUGCACGUUCACCAUUCACCACCUGUACACACACUAAAUAUUCCGCAAUUAGGCCAGCAGUCGGACCCCAUCUUCACAGGGUUCCUGCUGUCCCUGAUUGUAAUUCUGUGGAUGUGACCGUCUUUGUGUCCGGAAACUGGGCCGAUGGUCAAGGCCUCUUGCAAUUUUAAUUGGAAUAAAAAUACAUCUUUUGUGAUGGCAAGAGAAACAGUCACGCGGACCUUAAAUCUCUCGGCGCGUACAUCAUGUACCUUGGUAAACAUCUGAAACCGGAGGGUUUAUUCACACCGCGUCGUAAACUACUCAGAGCUGUGUCGCCCUUGGCGGCGACGUGGUCAAGGUCGUCUGCCUAACGGGACGCUUAAGGCUUGCUAACCAGGCUUGGUGAUUCUUCCACUGGCCUGUCAAACCCUGUUUGUGAAUCUCAAUGGGCGUGGAGUGAAUGUAAACGGAACCUGAGAAGAUGAUGAUGAGAUCGCCGGAAAAAAAGGUGUUUAUUGUCCUAACGUUUCGGAUUCUCACUCGGAUCCAUCUUCAGAGACAGUUGAAGACAAAGACGACGUAUGUACUGUGACAACCAUUACCGUCUGUGUAUAUCGGGUGAUUAUCCCACUUCGAGACUGAGCGCAGUCAGCACCAAUAGCAGAAACGAUUACAGAAAAGUACUUGGAAAAAUAACAGACAUGCCGUGGCAGUGGACGGAGAUGUCCACCAUGAGGUUCAGGAUCUACAAGAAUGCUCAUUCUAUCCCGAAGCCGGCAACAAAGCCCAAAUACCGCCAAGGCACCACUCAACUGACUUUUGCGCCGGUUGGAGAGCUACACUGUAAACCUUUAGAUUCAAGUUUUAUAAGGUCGGUGCCUUCGAAACGUAUAGGGGCGAAAGAUGAUGAUGCCGUGUUCAGGCUCACUUAUAAACCACCUGUCUACAGACAGUCUGGCACGACAAACCUUCGACCAACUGCGACUAAGUAGCUCAUUGUCCGACUGCACAGCAGUGCUAACAUUGGCUUCUCCUCGGCGUAACCAGAGAGUCAGAAAGCCAAGUGGCUUUAGUGAGCCUUGGGGGUGCACAAGACAAGCAGCCCAGAGGAGUUGGAUGUUUCUAAGUUAGCGUCAACACGAAGAGCUCAGGACAGGGCAUAAACAUGUACAGACCCCGGACAAGUGCGCCAAAAGAGAUACUAGUGCGAAAUCUCUCAUAAAAAGACAAAAGCAAACGUGCAACGGUGAAAUGUACUGUCAGUUAAAAGGCAGAGCAAGGUGUGGCCUAUUCAGAAGAGGCUGGGAAUCGGAAUUGGGUCCGAUAUGGCGGAAGCAAUAAUGCUAUGUGAGUGCUUACUUCAAAGACCUGCAGACGUUCAAUGUCCUCUAUAAGGAAAACCGAUAAAAUGGGAAGGCCAAAAAAUACACGCCUGGAGAUUUCCGCCGAAGUCUCCACCGACAAAGCCACACGACAAAAACCACCAGCCUCACCUCUACUCCUCGUAUCCAAUGACAUACACUGCACCCGGAAAACUGUUUAAUCUAUCUUAGCACCACAAGACUACGUCAAAGUCUUAGAGAAUGUUCGAUAUUUGUCAAAGACGGAAGAUCUGAACGUGCACCAUAAAUUGACUUUCUUUCCGUGCUGGAGAGAGGAUUCGUCUCAGUCGCCUCUGCUGCUGUCUGGAGGAGAGCGCUCUACGUACCGAGCCGAUUUUCGGUCAAAGCUUAGCGGGGAAGACCGGCUGCCGCAAAGUAGGGAGGCGGCCUCCACACAGUUACUUCUCCAAGUCUCAUUGCUCAAACCAGUUGUCUCUAUAAUGGGUGUAAUAAGUCUCUAGGUAAGUUGGAAGUAAACUUCAGGGGACAGCGACGGUGGUUGCCGCCCUGAGUGUCCGUGUCUUAGUUAUUCGCUCCGACGCAGCUGGUCUCUAGGUUAUUUUUCAGUUUGGUCUAUGUGCUUCCUGAUCAAGUCUUCAAAAAACGGGCAGCUACAGCAUUCAUAUUUAUGCCACCCUUCAAACCAGUAUAAUAAACGCCUUUGGGGUCGCUUAUUUUCUAUUUCUAGGUCCUCUCCUCAUUUGCUGACUUUCAAACAUUAAAAUCACACCUCUUCCCGGAUACGGACUCCGAUCAGCGUUCCUCAGACACUCGCAGCUAUUUCUGGGAGAACAUUGAUAUCGCUGAAAGCGUGGAACUCAUCAGCUGGCUCCUGCGUCGACGCCUUAUCAUCCAGCUGCACACCUACGUUAUACCCGUCCUUUCUGUUGGCACCACCAAUACCACUCCAGACGCAGGUCGUGAGACGGUUGCACAUAUCGAACCGGAGGUUCAUGAUGAGGACCUCAAGACCGGCGAGGUAGCCGGCUACGCGGAAGACAACGGCGGUGGGCAUGCGGAGAGAGCUACGGGGGUGGCGACCGAGGAGAGUCAUGUCCGAGAAGAGACUUGCCACCAGCAACAGUGCUCCAACGACAUGACGGCACACUUCUUCGUCGAGACUCAUCCCGACCUCACCGAGUCCCUACUGGAAGAGGCCCUGCCGAACCCCGCUGAUAGACAUGCGGUCAUGACGCAUUACCGCAACAGUGUCCGCGACCCAGCCCUACUCUGUCUGUUCCUACGCAUUCUGCCCCAACUACCGGCCCACUUAGAAGAUCUCAUUUUUGUGGAGAGUGUGGAUCGAGAAACUCUCGUCCUCUGCAUUGAAAACUUCUCUCCGUUCCUCACCACCACCCGUCUCCCCGAUCCUGUCACCGCCUGCUUUGCUGGCAUUGAGUGGCCAUCGUGA